ACAAGACAUUUCAGUGUGAGAUGUGUUUCAGAUUCUUUUCUACAAACAGCAACCUCUCAAAACACAAAAAGAAACAUGGGGACAAGAAAUUUGCCUGUGAGAUCUGCAACAAGUUGUUUUACCGGAAAGAUGUCAUGUUGGAUCACCAGAGGCGGCACCUGGAAGGAGUGAGGCGUGUAAAAAGAGAGGACUUUGAGCACAGCACAGACAACAUGGUCCGCUACAAGAAGGAGCCCUCUGGUUGUCCUGUGUGUGGAAAGAUAUUUUCUUGUAGGAGCAAUAUGAACAAGCAUCUCCUUACCCAUGGAGAUAAGAAAUACACCUGUGAGAUUUGUGGGCGUAAAUUCUUCAGGGUGGACGUACUGAGAGACCAUAUUCAUGUUCAUUUUAAGGACAUUGCAAUAAUGGAUGACCACCAAAGGGAAGAGUUCAUUGGCAAAAUAGGAAUCUCUUCAGAGGAAAAUGAUGAAAAUUCAGAUGGAAGUGUGGAUUCCGAGCCUCACAAGUAUAGCUGCAAAAGGUGCCAGUUAACAUUUGGCCGAGGAAAGGAGUACUUAAAACACAUCAUGGAAGUCCACAAGGAGAAGGGAUAUGGCUGUAGCAUCUGCCAUAGACGUUUUGCCUUGAAGGCCACUUACCACGCACACAUGGUCAUUCACCGGGAGAACCUGCCUGACCCCAAUGUGCAGAAAUAUAUCCAUCCAUGUGAAAUCUGUGGAAGGAUUUUUAACAGCAUAGGGAAUUUAGAGCGGCAUAAACUUAUUCAUACAGGUGUGAAAAGUCAUGCCUGUGAACAAUGUGGUAAGUCAUUUGCAAGGAAGGAUAUGUUAAAAGAACAUAUGAGAGUCCAUGAUAAUAUCCGAGAAUACCUAUGUGCAGAAUGUGGCAAAGGCAUGAAAACAAAACACGCAUUGCGCCAUCACAUGAAACUACACAAAGGAAUAAAAGAGUAUGAAUGCAUGGAAUGCCAUCGGAAAUUUGCACAGAAAGUCAACAUGCUGAAGCAUUACAAAAGGCAUACAGGAAUCAAAGAUUUCAUGUGUGAGCUCUGUGGGAAAACGUUUAGUGAAAGGAACACAAUGGAGACGCAUAAACUUAUUCACACAGUGGGGAAGCAGUGGACAUGUUCAGUGUGUGAUAAAAAGUAUGUCACUGAUUACAUGCUCCAGAAACACAUCCAGCUGACCCAUGAUAAGGUAGAAGCUCAGAGCUGUCAUCUCUGUGGAACGAAGGUUUCUACCAGAGCAUCAAUGAGCCGUCACAUGAGACGAAAACAUCCAGAGGUGCUUUCAGUUAGGAUCGAUGACUUAGAACAGCUCCCAGAGACCACUACGGUCGAUGCUUCAUCUAUAGGGAUUGUGCAGCCAGAUCUGUCUCUGGAACAAGGAGAGCUACCAGAGGCCAAGCGUGUGAAGACUCAUAAACGUGGCCAUAAACGAAAGCCUAAACCAGGUGACGAGGAGGAAGUCCAAGUACCUGAGGACUCUGCCUUCAGUGAAUAUACAGAAAAAGAAGUCGAGUUCACAGGAAAUGUGGGGGAUGAGACCAAUUCAGCUGUGCAAAGCAUUCAGCAGGUGGUGGUGACCCUUGGCAAUCCAAAUGUUACAGCGCCUUCUAGCUCUGUUGGUCUAACCAAUAUCAGCGUCACUCCCAUCACCACUCUAGCAGGGACUCCAUUUACAAACCUACAACCUGUAGCUGUAGGCCAUCUUGCAACUCCUGAACGCCAGUUACAACUAGACAAUUCAAUUCUCACAGUGACAUUUGAUACAGUUACUGGUUCUGCCAUGCUGCAUGGCAACCGACAAAAUGAUAUUCAAAUACAGCCACAGCCUGAAGCAACCAGUCCUCAGUCGGUGGCGCACUUUAUAAACCUAACAACUCUGGUGAACUCCAUUGCUCCAUUAGGGAGCCAGAUGUCAGAACAGCAUCCCUUGACGUGGAGAGCAGUGCCUCAAACCGAUGUCCUGCAGACUCAGGCUCAGCCAACGCCACCACAAACAGGGCAGCAGCAGGUUCCAACAGAACAGCAGCAGCAGAUGUACAGCUACUAGUUUGUACUUGAAAGAAGAUUCCAAACUGUGAAUGGGUUUGAAUGAGCCCUGGGGGCACUUAGCAGCAGCAACUGCUGGAUACCAAACAGAGGUGGAAGGAAGGAGCUUAAAGAACGACAUGUAAG